AACAUAACAAUCAAAAGUAGACAGUCCCUUUCAUUUACUUUCUUUUCAGAGAGGGAAAGAAAAAAAUUAACAUGGCCGGAGAAGAGGAAGUGAAAGUGUUUGGUUUCCGCUCAGGUUCGUAUAGUCGGAGAGUGGAGUUAGCUUUUAAACUCAAAGGCGUCGAUUAUGAACACAUUGAUGAAGAUUUGCUUAACAACAAUAAGAGCGAUUUGUUGCUGAAAUACAACCCAAUUUACCAGAAAGUGCCGGUUCUUGUCCACAAUGGAAAACCCAUUUCAGAGUCUCGUGUAAUCCUUGAAUACAUCGACGAAACUUGGACCCAAAAUUAUGCCAUCUUGCCUACAGAUCCCUAUGAAAGAGCUCUUGCCAGAUUCUGGGCUAAGUAUAUUGAUGAAAAGGUUGUGCCUGCGAUAGAGAAAGCUUUUAGAAGCAAUGAAGAAGAAAGAGAGAAGAGAAUAGAAGAAGCUCAAGAGAUGCUAGAACCACUUGAGAAAGAGCUUCAAAACAAGUUAUUCUUUGGAGGAGACAAAAUUGGAUUUGUUGACAUUGUAGGUCUGGUUAUACCAGGCUGGAUGCAUGCCAGUCAAGAAGCUGCAGGCUUUGAAGUUCUAACAAUUCACAAAUUUCCAAACCUAAACAGAUGGAUUCAAGAUUAUUUGAACCACAGCGUUGCAAAGGAAGUUCUACCGCAAAAGGAUUUUCUUGUUGCAUUUUUGAGCAAAGUUGUGUUUGGUAGAAAUAACUAGCUCUUCAGAAUAUGAAAAGAUUUAGUUAUUGAACCAAUAGUGUUGAUUGAAUUCUUGGAGUUUUUAGAAGUUACGAGGGACUAAGUAAUAUUUAUGGUUUUUAACUACAUUUUGUGUCCUAAUUAAUAAAUGAAUGUUUAGUUGAAUCAAAAAUCACAUGCAUUAGAAAUUAAGCUGGCAAGUUUGGAUUUAUUUUGUUGGUGCUUUUGUUUAAUAUAAUUUUAUGGUGAGUGUUUCUUAA